GCUUCACCUGCAAUCUUCAUCUCCAGUUCCUCGCUUGACUAAGACUAUAUACACUCCACCAAUUCGCCUCGAAGCUCAGACUCGCCGUCAUGGCUCCGAGCGCUCUACUCCCAGUCGAGCAGACUCACCUAGAUAAUCCCAUCAUUGUCCCAGUCAAGGGUGGCGCCGCAGCUCUGGAGUUCGACGGAAUCCUCUCCAGGGAAGCCAAUGAUCCCGUGAACGGCUCUCGCUCCGCUCUGCCCUCAUCCGCAAGUGAAGGGCCCGAGUCCACGCACACCAACGGGCUACAGAACGGCAAUCGAUACUCCAGCACUCAGUCGAGCGGAAAUGACUUUAUCACUUCUGAAACUCUCCGUCGUCAAUCUCGCAAUUUUGCAACUGGCAAAUCGGGCUCAAAUGCCAUCCCAAAGCAACCGAAUCUGCUCUAUAUUAUGGCAGAUCAAAUGGCUGCUCCAUUAUUGAGAAUGAACAACCCGAACUCGGUUAUCAAGACACCCAAUCUUGAUCAACUCGCUAGAGACGGAGUCGUCUUCUCCAAUGCCUAUUGCAACUCACCUCUAUGUGCGCCGUCGCGCUUCACCAUGUGCACUGGUCAGCUGCCUUCCAAAAUUGGCGGUUAUGACAAUGCGUCAGAGUUCCAUUCCGAGAUCCCCACCUAUGCUCACUAUCUCCGAAGUGAAGGAUAUGAGACGGUUCUAGCCGGAAAGAUGCAUUUCGUAGGGGCAGACCAACUCCACGGAUUUGAACGACGGCUCACAUCAGACAUCUAUCCGGGUGAUUUUGGAUGGGGCGUCAAUUGGGAUAAGCCCGAAGAGCGUCAGGAAUGGUACCACAAUAUGAGUUCUGUCAUGCAGGCGGGACCUUGUGUCCGCUCUAACCAACUCGACUACGACGAAGACGUCAUGUUCAAGUCACAGCAAUAUCUGUUGGACUAUGUGCGUUCGGAUCCGGCAACGAGGCGCCCCUUCGCCUUAACUGUAUCGCUCACACAUCCCCAUGAUCCCUACACGAUGACCCAAGAAUACUGGGAUCUCUACGAGGACGUUGAUAUUCCUCUUCCCGAAAUUCAUAUCGCCCAGGACGAGCAGGAUCCGCACUCGCAACGUCUUCUCAAAACAAUCGAUCUCUGGAAUAACCCAGUGCCAGAUGAAGCCACAAAGCGGGCGCGCCGUGCAUAUUUCGGUGCCUGCACAUUCGUGGACGACCAGAUUGGGAAAUUGCGGAAAAUCCUGAAGAACUGCCACCUCGAUAAGGAUACUAUCAUCGUCUUCUCUGGAGAUCAUGGCGACAUGUUGGGUGAACGCGACCUAUGGUACAAGAUGUCCUGGUUUGAGAUGAGUGCUCGUGUCCCGAUGAUUAUCCACUACCCUCCCAGGUUUGCGCCGAAGCGGGUUACCGAGGCCGUCUCCACUAUGGAUCUCUUGCCAACUUUUAUCGAUCUCGUUGGCGGAGACAAAUCCGUAAUCUCUCCUAUUGACGGACAGAGCCUUUACGAUUAUCUGGUAUCGGAUAAGCCCGGAAAGGACGAAGUUUUCGGCGAAUAUAUGGGCGAAGGCACUGUCACCCCGCUGGUCAUGAUCCGGCGCGGGAAAUGGAAAUUCGUAUACUCGCUCGCCGACCCACCUCAGCUCUUCCAUCUGGUUAGCGACCCGAAAGAGCUGAACAAUCUUGCAACCUCGAAUGACGCAGAACACAUCGAGAUGCUCAAGGCUUUCACUGCGGAGGUUCGUGAGAAAUGGAACCUGCAAGAGAUUCACAAGGAUGUCCUGAAGCGGCAACGGAACCGAAGGAUUGUUUGGGACGCCUUGCAGCGAGGCAAACAUGAAUCAUGGGACUAUCAGCCCCCCGUCCAGGACCGAGAUCGAUUUAUACGCUCUCAUGUUCCCCUUGAUGAACUCGAAAGGCGCGCAAGGUACCCAGUCGUUGACUACCUUGGUCGUCCUCAAACGGCAGCAGCAAGCCAUCAUGGUGCUGCCGGAGCGAUGGGCGAGUGAUCUUUUUGAUCUAAAUCUGCAUUUACGGCUCUCGUAUGCCUUCAGACUACUCUUUUUCUGCAUGGAGGGGCAUUGGUUGCAUCUCAUCUUCGUCGAUACCCUGAUCUCAACAUGAUAUUAUCUCCGACUCAAGUGCGGACAUGUACACUCUUUCUUUGAUGACCACUCCACAACAGUACGUUCAGAUGGACCGCCUGGUGUUAGGUUGAUUUCAUAUGGAGGAAGUCCUUUCUGGGAUAUCAUGAGAAUUAAUGUGUAGCUAUAAGAUUAUCUAAGAAUCAGUGCAUCUCCGUGUACGUCACGGAACCAGAAAGGGCG